AUGGUGCUGCUUGCUUGCUUCUGGAAGGCUUUCGUGGCUUCGACGGCCGUCGCGACGUUGGUGGCUGGGCAUCCCAAUCCUUCGACGCUACCUUUCUUGCUGGAUGCCACUAUCAGCGAAUUGAGUGCCGGUCUUGAGAAAGGCACCUUUUCCAGUGUGGACCUUGUCGACGCAUACGUUGGACGUAUUCUAGAAGUCAAUUCUACACUGCAUAUGGUCACGGAAAUCAAUCCCGAUGCCUGGACAAUUGCGAAGCAACUUGAUGAUGAGAGGGCUGCCGGAAAGUGUCGAGGGCCCCUACAUGGCCUCCCAAUCCUCAUCAAGAACAACAUCGCAACGGCCGACCUCAUGAACAACACUGCAGGCUCCUAUGCUCUUCUAGGCGCAAAAGCGCCCCGUGAUGCGACUGUAGCUACGAAGCUUCGCAAAGCGGGCGCCAUCAUCCUGGGGAAGACCAAUCUCUCCCAAUGGGCCAAUUUCCGGUCGUCAAACUCAUCGAACGGAUGGUCAGCCUAUGGGGGUCAGACUUAUGGCGCCUACUACCCGGGCCAGGAUCCCUCCGGUUCUUCAUCCGGCUCUGGCGUGGCGAGCAGCCUGGGUCUUGCGGUUGCAAGUUUGGGAACGGAGACGGAUGGGAGUAUUGUCAGUCCCAGCGAGAACAACAAUAUCGUUGGUAUCAAACCCACGGUCGGUCUCACUUCCCGUGCCCUCGUAAUUCCCAUUUCCGAACACCAAGAUACUGUAGGCCCCAUGGCACGUACCGUCAAGGAUGCUGCGCAUGUCCUUCAAGUGAUUGCUGGACCUGAUGCGUAUGACAACUACACUCAGGCCAAUCCGUUCAACGGCACGCUUCCAGACUACGCUAAAGCAUGCAACCUCGACGCGCUAAAAGGCAAAAGAAUCGGCGUCCCGCGUAACUACAUUGGCCUCCUCGGCCCCCGCGACGAGGCGACCGCGCCUAUCUUGGACGCCUUCGAGGACGCGCUCAAGAUUAUCGCAGAAGCAGGCGCCACCAUUGUAGACAACACCAACUACACUGCAUACGAGCAAUACCUGAACAGCAGCGCCGAGGGCAUCGUGCUCGAUGCUGAUUUCGUCGCGAAUCUCAAAUCCUAUCUGGACCAACUGACGUACAAUCCGACGGGCGUUGGCUCGCUUGCGGACGUACGCAACUUCACCCAGACGUUCCCGCCCGAGGAGUAUCCCAGCAGGGACACCGCAACUUGGGACGAAUCCCUUGCUCUCAACUUCACCAACACAUCCCCUGAAUUCUGGGCCGCCUACCAAGAGGACCUCUACCUAGGCGGCGCAGGCGGUCUUCUAGGAGCACUCGCGAACUACUCGCUAGAUGCGGUCGUCGUCCCUACCGCCGUUGCCUCGGGGAUCUCGGCCAUCAUUGGCGCACCUCUCGUGACGGUGCCACUCGGUUUCUAUCCCCCUAAUACAACUGUGCAAACGAACAGGAGGGGCAAUUUGAAUGCUACGGCCCCGAAUAUCCCGUUCGGAAUCAGCUUUGCGGGGAAGCAUUGGAGUGAGGAAAGUCUGAUUGGAUUUGCGUAUGCGUAUGAGCAGAGAACUAUGACGAGACGGAAGAGUUUGCCAUAUAUCUUGCCGGGUACGGAAUUGGCAACUGUAAUGGGCUGA